AUGAGCUUCUGGGCCUGUACGAUUUCCUGUCCGAAAAGGCAAUCCUCUACAGGAAGGGCCAAUGGCUACGUCCCGCCGCUAGGGCUUAGUCUCGACGGGAACCUCCCAUCUUGGGUAAGGGGCGAUGGAGUAACGUUCGAAAUCACCGAUGUCGAGUUCAAGCGGAGUAGCUUACGGACCUCGGAACCUCGCUGUUCUGGGUUCAUAAGUGACUCUAGAACGCUAUGUUCCGCGGCUAGCCGGCUAGCUUCCCUUCCAGGCGGUAGCCAUUCCGUCGGAGGUAGGACGUAUUUCGAAAGGCCUAGAACAAGGAGAAUUCUAAGGCCCCUAGAAUCGCAUCAGUACAAGAAGGCGGACGUUGAUGGCUGUGUACGUCAGAUGGCGAUCCCCUAUCUGCCCGGAAGAAGAUUACUAUAA